AUGUCGGCCCAGGAGCUCGCGGCCUGCCUGUGCCGGGAGGGCGACCGGCACCUGGCCCUGGGGGCACCCCCGCUGGCCACCGCCUUCUACCUGGCCGCCUUCAGCGGCCACGCCCCUUCCGCAGUGCGCAGCGUCCGGGCGGCCCUGGCUGAGGCCCGGGGGGCCCCCGUGGUGGCCACCCUGGAGGCCUGGUGCCGAGGGGACAGCCCGAUCCCAGCCAUCCACUGGGACGGCAUGGCCGUGGUGUCCCUGACGGGGACCCUGGCCUCCGCCUUCCUGGCCACGCUGUGCCCAGACCACCCGGCCGCCGUCCUGCACUCCCUGGCCGGCCUGCUGGCGCACGGGCGCCACGGGGAGGUGGCGCGGCGGUGCGGCGCCUUGCUGGACGCACACUCCCAGCAAGCCCUGGAGCUGCGGCUGACCCGCGCCCUGGCCUGGGUCCUGUCCGGGGAGCAGGUGGACGCCGGCCUGGCCGACUACCUUCAGACCUUCGCCUCAAGGGCCGACCGCACGGUGGCCUUUGUCCUCGCCCACCAGCAGCCCUACCUCCCCGCGCUGGUCCGCGCCCUGCAGGACCACCUCUCACGGUGCCGGCAGGCUGGGGACAGCGCCAGCCCGCAGGAGGCCGACUACCAGGGGCUCCUGGCCGCCCUGGACCCCGGGGGCACCUGGAGCAACGCCCUGUCGCCGGAAGCCCUGCUCCGCGGUGGCCGGUAUGAGGACUGCCGGGCCGCGUGCAGCCGGGCCCUCGAGUGCGACCCGCCCGGCGGCAGACCCCAAGGUGAGCGUCUGGCCGCCUUGCUGGUCACGCGCGCGGCCGCGGCCUUCUUCCUGGACAGCGGCGCGCAGGACCUGCUUCGGGACCUGCACGAGGCCUUCCGCCAGAGCCCCUCGGGGGCGCGGAGGCAAUUCGAGGCCGUGCUCUCGGCGGAGGACCGGCAGCGCGUGCGGACCCAGGCGCAGGAGGCGGCGGACGUGGGUUUUGCCCACUUCCAGGAGGCCGUGCGGAGCCGCCCCGAGCUCCGCGAGGACUCGGACCGCGAGCUGCUGGCCCCGGUGACCCGCGCUCUCCGCGUGCUGCUGCGCGUGGCGCCGCCCGGGGAGCGCCCGGCCCUGGCAGCCCGCCUGGCCGAGUGCCUGCUGCUGGCCGGGGAUGCGGCGGGCGCCCGGGGGCUGUGCGAACGCCUGCUGAAGCCCACACGCCCCCGGGAUCGUGCGGGCGAGCUCGCCGGGGACCGUGCGCCUCUGCUGGCGCUCCGCGGCUUCUGCGCGCUGCACGCCGGCGACGCGCCGAGUGCCCGGGAGGACUUCCAGGAGGUGGUGGAGCAGGGGCCUCCGCACCCGGGCGGCUGUGUGCGUGCCCUGUGCGGCCGCGGGCUCCUGCGCGUGCUAGCGGGCAGCGCGUUCCUCGGCGCGCUGGACUAUGUCACCGCCUGCCGGCUGCGGCCCGACGAGGCCCUGCUCGUCGCCAAGGCCUACGUGCCCUGGAACCAGCGCGGGCUGCUGCUGACCGUGCUGCGGGAGGAGGGCCGCAGGAUGCUGCAGCGGAGGCCGGGCCCAGGACCCCCAGGCGCGCGCGGCCGCCGGAGUCAGGCCGCGGAGAGGGACAGCUCGCCGGCGCCGGAAGGGGACACCCAGGGCGUGUACCAGCUGGCCGUGCUCCUGACGGAACUGGACCCAGAGGACGAGGCUUCACGCCUCCUGGCAGCCGAUGCCCUGUACCGCCUGGGCCGCCUGGACGAUGCCCACAAGGCGCUGCUGGUGGCCCUCUCCCGGAGGCCCCAGGCGGCCCCUGUGCUGGCGCGGCUGGCGCUGCUGCAGCUGCGGAGGGGCUUCUUCUACGACGCCAACCAGCUGGUGAAGAAGGUCGUCCAGUCCGGGGACACGGCCUGUCUCCAGCCCACCCUGGAUGUCUUCCGCCCAGAGGACCGGCAGCUGCUGCGGGGCCACUGCCACGCGCGGGCCCUGGCCAUCCUGCGAGCGCAGCCAGGAGGGGCCGAGGGCGAGGCCCACACCAGGGAGGCCAUCGCCUACCUCUCUCUGGCCAUCUUUGCUGCAGGGGGCCAGGCAAGCGAGUCCCUGCUCACCCGCGCCCGAUGUUACGGGCUCCUGGGCCAGAGGAAGACCGCCAUGUUCGACUUCAACUCCGUGCUGCGGGCUGAGCCGGCGAACGUGCGGGCCCUGUGCGGCCGCGCGCUGCUGCACCUGGCCCUCGGCCAGCAGAAGGAGGCCGUGGACGAUGCCCUGUCGGCUCUGCAGCUGGACCCGCACGCGGCGGUCCCUGAGAUCCGCGCUCUGAAGCCCGAGGCCCAGGCCCUCAUCGCACGGGGCCUGUCAUCCCGCUGCCGGGGACUCCUGAGCCAGCGGCCCGCCUCCGGGGCCCCCCUCAGUGGCAGGGACGUCCAGGGCCUCCUCGCCGUGGCGGAGGCCCUGACUAGGAUCGAGGCCGGGCUGCCGAGCGGGCACAUGCUCCUGGUGGACGUGCUCACCGCGCUGGGCAACUACGAGGAGGCUGGCGCCUGCCUUCAAGAGGCCCUGCGCUCCACCCAGCCAUCAGCGGCAGCCCGGGCCCGGCGCGGCCUGCUCCAGCUCAAGAAGGGAGACGUGCCAGCUGCUGCCGGGGACCUGCAGUGCCUGGCGGAGGCCGACACUGAGGACCUCGGCUUCCUGCUGCGACUCCUGGAAGCCUCGGAGCAGCACAGCCUGGCCCAGGCCGCAGCCCAGGAAGCCCGCUGCCUCCUGACCGCGGGGCAGCCCCGGCAGGCACUGGGCUACUGCUCGCUGGCCGUCCUGGCCAGCGGAGGCAGCGCCCCUCACCUCCGCCUGCGGGCCACUUGCCUGGCGGAGCUGCAGGAGUUUGGCCGGGCGCUCGCAGACCUGGACCUCGUGCUGCGGGAGGGUGCGCGGGACGGCGACCCCCUGCUGAUGGCGGAGGACUUUUGUUCCCGGGGCUGCCUGCUCCUGAGCCUGGGGGAUGAGGCCGGGGCCGCGGGGGCCUUCGCCCAGGCCCUCAGGCUGGCACCCAGCGCCGCGCAGGGCAGCCUGGGGGCGCGGCCGGGCCGGGCCCCCGCCGCCCAGCUGUUGCUGCGCCAUGGGCAGCGCUGUCUGCACGGGCAGCGGCUUGCAGAGGCCUGGGCGGCGGCGGAGAGCGGGCUGCUGCUGGACCCCGAGCAUGGCGGCCUGAGGAGGCUGAAGGCGAGGACCCGCAGGGAGGCGGCCUCGGGCUGCCGGCUGCACUGA